UCCGGAACCAGUUAGUACGUUAAGAGCAUUCUCGGAGUAUGGACAUACUGAUUUACCACAAAAGAAGAAAAGAGACUUUACCUGUUCUUUAAUUUAUUUUAUAGAAAAUAACCUGAGGGGGUUUUCUGCUUAAAUUCGCCUAUCCAUCCAAGAUUAAAUGUAAGAGCUUUGCAUCUAUUUGCAAAAAUACUGCAGGUUACAAUGGGGCGAAGUCGGUCCCGCAGCAGAUCUCCUGCGAUCUCUGUGAGUAGGCAUGGAAAAGAACGAAGAUCAUCAAAGAAAGAACGUCACAGAUCCAGCUCUUCGUCCUCCAGCUCCAGCUCUGCAAGUCCAAGCCCUCACAAGAAACGUGCACAUGGUUCCAGCAAGAGCCGAAGUGCAGCUUUUACUUGAGACCCGAAUGCACUUGUAUUUAGAGUGCAAAUCUGAGAAGAAAAGCCGGAAAAGAAAACAUCGUUCUUCCUCUUCGUCAAGCAGCUCAUCGUCUUCGUCUUCAUCCAGCGAUGACGAGGCCAAGAAGAGAAAGCAUAAAAAGGCCAAGAAGCAAUUGAAGAAAAUUAAAGAAAAGGAGAGAAAAAAGGUGAAAAAGGAGAAGAAAAGGCUUAAGAAGAUGAAGAAGUUAGCAGCUAGGGCUGAAGCAGCAGCAAAUAAAGCUCCACUGAUGAUCCCUGUUCCAGUACCUGUUCAAAUAGAAAAAACCCAGUCCUACAUAGAGACCUGGCAAAGCGAUGAUACCACAGAACAUGGUCCUGUGAUGACCGAUGAACAGAAAGCCAGUUUCUCCACCAAAAGGCCCAUGACGAAAGAGGAGUAUGAAGCCAGACAGAGCGUCAUCCGGCGAGUUGUUGACCCUCAGACCGGACGUACCAGGCUUGUGAGAGGAGAUGGCGAGAUUUUAGAAGAGAUUGUCAGCAGGGAGAAGCACAAAGACAUCAAUAAGCAAGCAACGAAGAGAGAUGGCGAUGCAUUCCAGAAGAGACUAGGGAUUAACAGGUAGAGGAACACUUCACUUCUUCACUGGACAUGUAAGAACUAUAUCCAGAUGGCUAUAAGCCUAAACCCUAAGGAAUCUCAAGAAAGCAUCAUCUGUUCAAUUGAAUAAACAGUGUGUUCAUGCCUUUGAAAUUGUCUAAAAUGUGUUCCUGAUCUACUUCUUGAAAUGCUCUAAAGAUUAUCUGAAUAUUCCUGCUUUUGCUUUUUUUUUAAAAAUUGUAUUACAGACCAGCAAAUAAAUGAUCAAAUAAAUAGCA